GGUUUAUUGGUUCAGGGAUCUCUGGUAUAAAUUCUCAGCUCUACCUUUACAGAGUAAAAGACUUAACUGAUUUCUGGAAGUCUGUAGAAUUGUAGUAUUCGACGAUUGGAGUCUGAGUUCGUAAAUAGCUGUAUUAGGGUUUUGAGGAGUUUCAUUAAUGGCGAAAGUGAGGCAUUCUCGGUUGCAAGCCAAGAAAUUGUCAACGCUGACGCUGGUUUUGUCAAUGCUAUUCAUGCUAACAGUUGUUCUUUUGAUGCUUUUGGCUAUGGGGAUUUUUUCUCUUCCUAUAGGCGACGAUGAUUCUCCGCCAAAUGAUCUCAGCUUCUACAGGCGCCUGACCAUUGAAAAACGUAAUAAGACGGAGGAGAUUAGAGAGCAAUGGACUGAAGUCAUUUCUUGGGAGCCUAGAGCUUUUGUCUAUCAUAAUUUCUUGUCCAAGGCGGAAUGUGACUACCUAAUAAAUCUUGCUAAACCUCAUAUGGCAAAAUCAACUGUUGUUGAUAGCAAAACUGGUCGGAGUAAAGAUAGCAGGGUGCGUACAAGCUCUGGUAUGUUUCUGAGGAGAGGACAGGAUAGAGUUAUUCAGAACAUUGAAAAGCGGAUUGCAGACUUCACUUUCAUUCCUGCUGAGCAUGGAGAAGGACUUCAAGUCCUCCACUAUGAAGUUGGACAGAAAUAUGAUGCUCAUUAUGAUUACUUUCUUGAUGAGUUCAACAUUAAGAAUGGAGGGCAACGGAUAGCCACUCUUCUUAUGUAUUUGUCAGAUGUUGAAGAAGGGGGUGAGACCGUGUUUCCUGCUGCCAAAGCAAAUUUCAGCUCUGUGCCAUGGUGGAAUGAGUUGUCUGAAUGUGGUAGACAGGGUCUCUCUAUAAAACCAAAAAUGGGUGAUGCGUUGCUAUUUUGGAGCAUGAGACCUGAUGCCACGUUAGAUCCUUCAAGUUUGCAUGGUGGUUGCCCUGUAAUUAGAGGGAACAAAUGGUCAUCUACAAAGUGGAUGCAUCUCCAUGAGUACAAAGUCUGAACUAUUAACUAUAAAGCAGGACUUAAAGACAUCUGUCUCUGGAGUUCUUUGCUUUUAGUUUGUGUGGUUAAUGGAAGGAACAUUCAGGUGUACGCCUCCACGCUUCCUUUUUCUUAUUCAUUACAACUGAGGUGACAUUAUUUCUGUAUAUGACGGUUUCCCUCAUCUUUACUCCGGCCAAUUAGGUUAAAAGAAUCCCCAUCCUUCAUCUAGGAAAAUGAAAUGUGAUUCAGAGGAUGUGCUCUUCUACUUAUAAAACUAUUGGAAAAUAGGAAUUAGGUUGUUAGUGAUCUGUUGACAGAUUAGUGUGAACAAACAAAUUAGCUUUUGAACCACAUGAUUUAUUCUUGGGAAUGUGCAGAUACCUUCAUGUUUAUUGAUCUUGUUACAUGCUACUUUGGAGUGAGUUAAUUGGAGUUCGAUUUUUUUGGGA